GGGGGGGGAAAGGAAGGACUACAAGGCCCGGCAUGCCCCGGCGGUGCUGCACGGCUCCCCGGGGUGCCGGAUGCUGGCCGUGCCGCUGACAGCGGAGCGGAGCGGAGCCGCGGUGCCCGCCGCGCACGGAGCGAGGAGCGAGGGGCUGGGCGCGCCUGGCCGCCGGCUCUGCUCCCCCCCUUUUAUCCCAGCCCCCACAAAGCCGGGAGCGGCAGAAGGUGGCGAGCGGUGCCGAGGGCUCCGGGACCCCCGCGGCCGGUCAGGACGCAGCCCCGGCGGGCGGCAGGAGCCUCCCCAAGCGGGCGGGCUCCGAGGGGCGCGGAGCGCAGGAGCCGGCGGGUUUACUGACCCAUUUCCAUUCACACGGCUGCCAGUAUCUUAGCAACUGCAACAGUCCCCCAAGAACAGGCAUAUUGCCUGCUAUUAGUGACUGCUGCAACUGUGUCAAGAUGGGAGCUCGGUCGCCUGCCAGCCCCUCGCACUGGAGAACGGUGCCAGCCCGCCAGCCGAGUGGUUCCCGCGUGCCCAGGGCUCCGGCCCCCGCCAGCCCGGCAGCGACGGCGACAGCAGGAGCUUCCGAGUGAACCUGCACUGCAAGCACCCCCGGAACAGAGAGCUCAAGUGCAGUAGCAGGAGCAGCAGCAAAGCCGAGGGUCCUGGUGUCACCUUCCCUGACCCCCAUGUCAGCAACUGCUCGGCCAAGCGGCACGCGGGGGAGGAGGAGGCCAGGAUGCGCGUGAAGCCCCCGGGCCCAGUGGUAACGACCAGCGUUGUGCGCGGCUCGCCCGACUACGUCCGAGAGCCCAAAUUCUACCCGCCGGGACACCCGGUGCAGCGGCCCCCCGCCUGCCCGGCCGAGAAGGCGUUGUCCUGCAGCGUGCUCAGCUUCCCUGAGGGCUCGUGCCCCGCGCUCGGCCGGGAGCACCAGGCAGGCUCGCUGCUGCACGGCGACCCGGCCGACCGCUGCCAGAGCGUCCACGGGGGCACCAAGGCGGCCGAGGAGCUGCUGGGCUGUGCCGGGGAGCCCCGGAUCCUGGGGGGCAGCGCGGAGGAGGCAUCUGCCCGCGAUCGGGCGCCCAAAACCUUCCCCAACGCGACGCUGGCCUCGGGCCGCUGCAACGUAGACGGCAUCCUCGCCUUGCUGCGGAGCAAGUGCGGCAACGGGCACAUCAACCUCCACCCCGUGGUGCAGCUCAUCGACAUCAUGAAGGACCUCAACCGCCUCUCGGAGGACCUCAAGAACAGCGGGGUGCACCUGGACUGUGGCAGCCUCCACGGCGGCGGCGGGGCUCACGAGGACAGCCGCCUCCUGCCCGCUGACCGUGACCUCCAGUACAGCUUCUUCUCCUCACCCUCCCUGGCCAACAGCAUCCGCAGCCCCGAGGAGCGGGGGGUGCUCCUCAAAUCCGACCCGUCGCGGCAUCCCCGGCCCCCAGCGCGUGACGGAGAAGCUGACGGAGGCGCGGGGAGCACCCCGCAGCCCCCAGGACAUGGCGUGGGUGUGGGGGAUGUCUCCAAAGCCCCGGCGGAUGAAGCUGGCUGCUCCCAGCCCGAUGCCAGCGAUUACUCGGAACUGGCUGAGGCGGACAUCCUGAACGAGCUGGCCUCCCUGGCUUGCCCGGGGACGCAGCUGCUGGAGUCGCAGGCGAUGGAGCCGCAGCCCCAGUUGCUGCCAGCCCAAGAGCUGGACUCCCAAUCCCGGCUGUUGGAUUCCCAGUCCCUGGAGUCACAGCCCCAGCUGCUUGAUUCGCAGAGCCUGGAGCCGCUGCCAGAGUCGCUGGAGCUGCAAAACCUGGAGCCGUUGGGGCUGCAGUCGCUGGAGCCGCUCUCUGAGUCUCUGGAGCUGCAGUCACUGGAGCCUCUGUCCGAGUCGCUGGAGCUGCAGUCACUGGAGCCACUGGCGGAGCCUCUGGGGCUGCAGACCCUGGAGCCACUGCCCGGAGCGCUGGAGCCCCCGCUGCUGCCCACCGAGCCCUCGCUGCUGGAGCCACAGCCCCUGGGAACGGUCUCGGAGCUGCUGGAGGCACAGCCGGGCACCGGGGACCCUCUGCGGCCCCACGGGCUGCAGCCCCGGCUCGGGGGGUGUCCCCUGAGCACCAUGGUGAAGCGGGCCCCCUGUGGGGGCCGGGGGGCCGGGCGGUGUGGCGAAGACCACCGCAAGUACGCCCUGCGCCGGACAGAUAAGCCAAAGAUGCUGUGCCGCCGGAGGAGGGCGGGGCGAGGCCGCCGGGUGGACAUCACCCCCGAGAGCCACGUCCUGUCCCCCCUCACCCUGCCCGCUGAGAUGCCCCCCGGGCCUGAGGAGCCUGACACGCCAGUGCUGAGCCCCCCACCGCCACCGCCGCCCACCACGCUGGACCCCAACGAGAUGCCCAAAGCCCCCGCGGCAGGGAAGAAGAGCAAGUGCCGGGGGGUGAGGAAGAUGGUGGUGAAGAUGGCCAAGAUCCCCGUGUCCCUGGGGAGGAGGAACAAGACCACCUACAAGGUGUCAUCGCUCAGCAGCAACUUGAACCUGGAGGGGAAGGAGCUGGCGGCCAGCAGCUCCAUGGAGCCCACGCCGCUGCUCAAGAUGAAGAACAACGGGCGCAACGUGGUCGUGGUGUUCCCCCCUGGCGAGAUGCCCAUCAUCCUGAAGCGCAAGCGGGGCCGGCCUCCCAAAAACCUGCUGCUGGGCCAAGCCAAGCCCAAGGAGCCCACCCCGGAAGUGAAGAAGAGGAGGAGGAGGAAGCAGAAGCUGGCCUCGCCCCAGCCCUCCUACAUCGCCGACACCAAUGACAGCAAAGCCGACUACUCGGACGUGUUGGCCAAGUUGGCCUUCCUCAACCGGCAGAGCCAGUGCUCGGGGCGCUGCUCGCCGCCCCGCUGCUGGACCCCCAGCGAGCCCGAGUCCAUCCACCAAGCCCCCGACACCCAGAGCAUCUCCCACUUCCUGCACCGUGUCCAGGGCUUCCGCCGGCGCGGCGGCAAGGCGGGGGGCUUCGGGCGCGGGGGGAGCCACGCUGCCCGUGCCACACGCUGCUCCUUCAGCGACUUCUUUGAGGGCAUCGGGAAGAAGAAGAAAGCCCCCACUGCCCUCCACGCUGACCCCGUGCACCCCCGCAAGCGCGGCCGGCUGGAGCCCGACCCCGUGGGCAAGCCCAAGAGGAAGCGACGGGCGCGCAAGAACGGGGCCCUGUUCCCCGAACCCAACUCGGGGCAGAGCUUCGGGGACGGCCCCGCCGCAGAGUGGGGCGCGGGGGAGAAGGGCAGCCCCUGGGCCCCCCACCACGGCCACCCCGGCGGCCAGGCUGGACGCAACGGUGGCUACCAAGGGGCCGAGGCGAGACCCUUCCAUGCUGCGGGGCUGGAGUCGGGCUCCUCCGGCCGUGCUGGUUUCUACGCCAGCAGCGCGCCGUCCUCGCAGACAGAGGCCGGGCCGGAGCGGCACAGCCUCUUCACCGGCUACUUCCGCUCCUUGCUGGACUCGGAUGACUCCUCCGACCUGCUGGACUUCGCCCUCUCCGCGUCCCGCUCUGAGUCCCGCAAGUCGGCGGCCGCCUACACGGCCCCGCCGGCCGCGCUGCCCGGCCAGCGGGGCAUGGCUGCCUACACCGCCCGCGGCGGCAAAGUGGCGGCGGCCAACCCCGGCGCCGAGGCCGCCUUCCACGCAGCCAUGCAGGGCCGGCCGGCCUUCCCGCCCGGCCGCGCCUCCAGCGGCUACGGGGUGACCCAAGGCUCGUCGGAGUGCCGGGGCACCGAGUCCUUCCCCAAGCUGGCCCCGCCGUCGGCCGUGUCCCGGUCACCCACGGCUCACCCGGCGGCCAGCGGCACCCCCGGCUACUCCCCGUACGGCAGCUACGGCAGCGCCGGGCAGAGCGUGGCCCCCGCCAGCGUGUUCCCACCAGGAAAGCAGUACCCGUCAGCACAGGACUGCCCCAACAGCAAGGACUGCAGCUUCGCCUACGGCAGCGGCAGCAGCCUCCCGUCCUCGCCCAGCAGCGCCCACAGUGCCGGCUACGCGCCACCCACAGCUGGUCCCAGUUUGCCGCUGGGAAAAGCCGCCUUCUUCAACAGUGCCGAGCAGGGGGGGCAGUUCUCCAGCGCCGCGCACACCCCCCUGCGCUGCGACAGCCGGGCCAGCACCGUCUCGCCCGGCGGCUACAUGGUGCCCAAGGGGUCAGCAUCCUUCCAGCCCUCGCCUGAAAAUUGCCGGCAGUUCCCCAGCGCCGCGCCGUGGGCCUUCCGGCAAGGCUACGGUGGGUUGGAUUGGAGCUCAGAAGCCUUCAGCCAGCUCUACAACCCGGGCUUCGAGUGCCACCUCAAUGAACCCAAUGUCAUCCUGGACAUCUCCAACUACACCCCGCAGAAAGCCAAGCAGCAGACGGUCUCUGAGACCUUCUCGGAGUCCUCCUCCGACAGCACCCAGUUCAACCAGCCGGCUGGUUACCGGCGCGCCAACAGCGAGGCGUCCUCCAGCGAGGGCCAGUCCAGCCUCUCCAGCCUGGAGAAGCUGAUGAUGGACUGGAAUGAGGCAUCCUCUGCCCCUGGCUACAACUGGAACCAGAGCGUCCUCUUCCAGAGUAACUCUAAGCCCGGCCGAGGCCGGCGGAAGAAGGUGGAUAUGUUCGACACCUCCCACCUGAGUUUCUCCUCCUCUUCCUCUUCUUCCUCCGUGUACCCCUCCAAGAGGAACACGGGACCCCGGCAGCCCCGGGGUUCCCGAGGGGCUUGUGCCUCCAAGAAGGAGAGGGGGACGGGCAAAACCAAGUUCCCCACCAAGUCGCAGGCGGUGAACCCGCUCUUCCAGGACAGCACGGACCUGGGCUUGGACUACUACAGCGGGGACAGCAGCAUGUCCCCCCUGCCCUCCCAGUCCCGGGGCUUCGGGGUGGGGGAGCGGGACCCCUGUGACUACACCGGCCCCUACUCCAUGAACCCCUCCACCCCCUCGGAUGGGACCUUUGUCCAGGGGUUCCAGAGCGACUCCCCCGGUUUGGGGCAGCCGGAUUUGGAGAGCAAGCACUUCCCUGCCCUCCCACACCAGCUGGCGGCCCCCGGCCAGCAGACUGUGUUCGAGGCCGGCUUGCAGAAAGCCUUCUCGCCCAACUGCUCCCCGACCUUGGCCUUCAAGGAGGACCUCCGGGCAGGCAGCAUCCGAAAGCUGCCCGCCUGCGACUCGCUCAAACACAGCAUGCAGGGGGGGGCCCUGCCGCACGCCCCGCACCUGGCCUGCCGCGACCUCCCCAUGCCUCAAGCGCACUAUGACUCCCCCAGUUGCAAAAAUCCCCCGUACUGGUAUUCCCCCAACGCCAGCACCCGCAGCCCCUCGUACGACGGCAAGGCGGGGGCUGGGAUGCUGGUAGACUUCAUGGGCAGGACGGACCCCCCGUGUCUGAACCCCCACUUGAGCAGCCCAAGCAGCACCCACCCCUCCAAGGGCGAGAAGGAGCCCUUGGAGAUGUCCCGGGCUCACCACCGAGGCCCCUACGCUUGUCCCUUGAUCAAUGACUUGAACAUCUCCCCCGUACCGAGAGACUCAAUGUUGCAGCUGCAGGACAACUACAGGUACCCCAGUUUUGCACCCCAAGGGCACCCCGUCAUGGCCCCCACCCAGAAGAGCGGGUUUUUGGGACCCAUGGUAGAGCAACAACACCCCGAGGACACUUUUACGGUCACCUCAUUGUAGUGUCUGCUGACGUGCCAACGGGACAACGAGGUUUUGUUACAGGAGGUAAUUUAGCCAGCACUUUUUUCUGGAACACUUUUCAAGUUCUGUAUUUAACUGGGAUUGGAACCGUUUGUUUGUUUUCUUAAAAAAAAAAAAAAAAGAAAGAAAAAAAAAGAAAGAAAAAAGGAGAAAAAAAGAAAAAAAGGAGAAAAAAAGAUAAAAAAAGAUAAAAAAUAAGUGAAACAAAAGGAAAAAAUUAAUAAUAAUGGAUGAAGAGAGAAACCCCCCGUUUUUCCCCCUCCGCACUCAAACCCGCUCCGCCUGCCAACCUCCGGCUCUGCUUCCCGGACUGCCGCCCCCCCGCCCCGCAGCAGGACAAUCGGAUGGACGGACAGACGGACGGACGGACGGACACAGCGCAGGGGCGCGGGCAGGAGGGGGUCUGGGGGUCAGCGCUGGGUGCCCCCUGCCCGCAGCCCGGCCGGGGGAGGCUGUCUGGGGAUUUUUCUUUGGCUCGUCCCUCCGCGCCCGCCCGCGCCGCGGGGCUGCUCCUGCCGGACGGACAGGAUGGUGCUGCCGAGGCGCUGACCCCUGCCAGGCCCUGGCAGCGUCGCCAGCGGGGCUCGGAGACGCCUCCGUCACCAGCCCUGCGCCCCCCGCCCAUCCCGGAGCAGAGAGCAGAGCAGAGGAGAGGAGGGGGCUGCCUCCGGAGGGACCCCGGCCCCGCCGCCCCCGCUUCGCCCCCGGCCCCGCCUCGGCCGUGGCGCCGGCGCCGCGUUCUCUCUCUCCUCCCAGCCAGAAGCAGAGGGACUCUUUAAGUUCUAUUUUUUAUUUGAUUAAUUUUCAUUUUCUGCACAAAACCAGCAAUUGUAAAUACUUUUGAAGAAAAGAAGUUAAAAAAAAUGUUUAAGGAUAAAAAAAAAAAAUUCAAAAAGCUGAAAAAUCACCAAAAAAAAAAAAAAGAGAGAGAAUCAUGCACCGGAGGGAGAAUCCAAAAAUGAUGGAGAACAGGCCUAAAGCAUCCAAGAGGUGAAUAUGCAGCAGAAAAGAGCAAAACCCCCCCCAGUAUGCACUGAGAAAAAUUUAUUUACAGAUCGAGCAACAAAAAAAAAAAAAAAGAAAAAAAAAGAAAAAAGUGACAAUAACCUAUUUAUUGUAUAUAAUGUUUUAUUAUAAAUCGUGUCUUGUAUAUUGCAUUCUGUACAUCUGCUGUGGUUUUGUGGUGUGCAACUUCCGCAUGGGUUCCUUGGGUUUCCGUUGCCUUUUUUUUAAUGAUUCAAUGAUGAUUUGAGUUUUAUUUUUAUUAUUAUUCUGAAGAACGAAGGCGGGUUUUUGAUUUUUUUGUUGGGUUUUUUGGCUUUUUUUGGUUUUUUUUUUUUUUUUGGCAGUACACACCCAAAGAUCCAAAUUUGUAUAAAAACAAAAAGGAGUUAAAAAAAAAAAAAAAAAAAAGAAGAAAAACUUUUAAAAAAAGGAAAAAAUAAGGAAUAAAUCAAUCACAGACCCUCUUGGUGGGGAGGGGGAGCGGGGGGGCUGGGGUAAAGGGGGGUCCCUUUCCCGGGGUCCCCGAGGCGGUGGCGGUGACGAGCUCAGGGUGUGGGUGCGUGUGUGGGUGCCAGGUGGGCUUUGGGGUCCUCUCCUCCCACAAACUCCCUGUGUGUCCCCCCCUCCUCAAGAGUUUGGCAAUCUCUGUGCAGCUUUGUGGGUUGUGCAAAAAAAAAGAGAAAACACACACACACACACACAAAGAGAGGAAAAACACCCUGAAAUGGAUAAAAAAGGCAAAAUUCACAAAAAAAAAAAAGAGGAAAAAAUGGGAAAAGUACCCAAAUUUGGUCAAAACACCCCCUCCUUCCCCACCCCCCCAGCUGCCCUGUGCAGUGCUUGUGCUGCCCUGGCCAGAGGGGCCCCCCCGUGAGCCCCCCCGGCCCCCGCUUUGCCCCUCAAACGGUCUUUUUGUGUUAUUUAGGAAGGAAUUUUUAAUAGGCACUUUUUUUAUAUUAAAAAGAAACCUAUAUAUUGAGCGAUG